UACUUUAAGCCUCACUAUCAUCAAAGGCAGUCACGUUACACAGGGAUGCAUUGUAGUCCAGAUUUUUCUUUAAAAAAUGUAAAGUUUAUUUGAAUGAAUCUACGUGACUUGAAUAGAAAAAAAUGACAACUAGGCUCAGAACUUAAAUUGCGCAUGAGUGAGUAGUAGCAGAGUGGACAGAGAGAUCUCAGGCUCCACGGUGGAUCACAUCCACACAGGCUGCACACCACAUCACUCUGAUCCUAGAGAGGCAGAGCAGAGGGUCUCCGACAUGGCUAAAGAAGGAGCAGAUAUGACAGAGGAGACCGAGUACAUGAUAGACAAAACCGUGGCGAAAGAAACAGAAAACGUGGAGUCUCCAGGCGAUGCGAAAGAAAUGCGAGCGGUGAUUCUGGCAGGUUUUGGAGGUCUAAACAAACUCAGGGUAACCAAGAAGGCAAUGCCCGAGCCUCUGGAUGGGGAAGUGAAGAUACGCGUCAAAGCAUGUGGCUUGAAUUUCUUGGACCUGAUGGUACGCCAGGGGACUAUUGACAAUCCACCAAAACCUCCUCUGGUCCCUGGGUUUGAAUGCUCUGGAAUAGUGGAGUCAGUGGGUGAAAACACAACAGGGUUUGAGAUAGGCGACAGAGUUAUGGCAUUUGUCAAUUACAAUGCCUGGGCAGAAGUUGUUUGCACGCCAGUGGAUUUUGUCUACAAAAUGCCAGAGGAAAUGAGUUUUGCUGAGGCUGCUGCAUUCUCCCUGAACUUCGUGGCCGCAUAUAUGAUGCUCUUUGAGGUCGCCAAUCUGCGAGAGGGAAUGUCAGUGUUGGUUCACUCAGCAGGAGGUGGUGUAGGUCAAGCUGUGGCUCAGCUCUGCUCCACUGUUCCUAAUGUCACUGUGUUUGGGAUCGCCUCAUGUUUCAAACACGCAGCCAUCAGAGACUCGGUGACUCACCUCUUUGACAGAAACGCUGAUUACAUACAAGAAGUGAAAAAGAUUUCCCCAGAGGGCGUAGACGUCGUGUUGGACUGUCUGUGUGGGGAGAACACGGGGAAAGGCCUGACGCUGCUGAGGCCUCUGGGAACCUACAUACUCUAUGGCGCAUCAAACAUGGUAACUGGGGAAACAAAGAGUUUCUUCAGCUUUGCAAAAUCUUGGUGGCAGGUGGAGAAGGUGAACCCUAUUAAACUAUACGAGGAGAACAAAGUCAUAGCAGGCUUCUCGCUGCUCAACCUUCUCUUCAAACACGGGAAAUGUAGUCUUGUGAAGUCAGUGAUGGACAAACUGUUGUGUCUCUACGAGCAGAAGAAGAUCAAGCCGGUGGUGGACUCCCUGUGGGCCCUGGAGGAGGUAAAAGAGGCCAUGCAGAGAAUUCAUGACAGAGGAAACAUAGGAAAACUCAUUCUGGAUGUGGAGAAGUCUCCCACCCCUCUGAUGGCCAACGACAGCACAGAGACCAGUGAGGCGGGAGAGGAAGAGGAGGAGCCGGAGGGAGACAACGACAGCAAGGAGCGGAUGCCUUUCAUCCAUUAAAGCCCACUGACCCUCCGCCCGCCACACAUGUAGAGACUGUCCCCACAGAGGAACACAUCCACACACACGUGUUGUGCAGUAUGUACGUAUGCAUGUGCUGUUUGCAUGUAUGCAUGAAUGGAUGUAUGUACAGUAUGUGUUUGUGUCUGUCAGCUGAUAGGUCAAGAGAAAUGUUUGGGUUUACGAAGAGAAACUAAAUGUUUGUCAACCAGGCGAGAGGUGCAAGUGCCAUUUUCAGUAUAUUAUUAUUAUAAUAUUUACAGUAUUAUGAAGUCAUAGCCAAUAAUGUCAAUAGAUUUAUGUCCAUUUCACAAUUGAUUGUAUCUGCCAACAGUUUAUUUGACUGAAUUAGCAUUUAAACCUGCUGACUUGCUAUUAUCACUUUUAGGUUAGUUCCCUUAAAAACAGAUUACUAGAGCACUUAAGGUGUCAUAUAUAUA